AUGGAAAUACCAAUUCCAAACAAGUUCAAGAAGCUGUGGGAUGUGUGGGACAUUCGUUGUUGCAUUCUCUUAAGCUUGUUCCUCCAGGCUUUCUUAGUGUCUUUUGCAUCGUUGAGGCAACGAUCCAAGAGGACGUUGCUCAUCUUCUUCGUUUGGUCGGCCUACUUGCUAGCCGACUGGGUUGCUGCCGUUGCCAUCGGCAUAAUCACCCAAAGUCAGGGUAACGAUUGUGACCCUCGGUCUUGGCAAAAUGAGGAUCUUUUCGCGUUUUGGUCGUCGUUUUUGUUGUUGCAUCUUGGCGGCCCAGACAACAUCACUUCUUUCUCCCUUGAGGAUAACGAGUUCUGGCUCCGCCACCUUUUUGGACUCAUCUUACAGGUUUUGGCCGCUGCUUAUAGCAUCUAUCUCACACUUCCAAGCAACAAGCUAUGGCUCCCCACCAUGUUAGUCUUCGUUGUUGGAACCGUCAAGUAUGCGGAGAGAACCUAUGCUCUCUAUCUAGCUAGCUUGGACCGCUUUGGGACGGCAGUGUUGCCAGAACCGGAGCCUGGUCCUGACUAUGAAGAGUCUGUGCUUCAACUGUCAACCCAAACGACACCGAAUCUCAAUCCAAUGCAACCCGAUCUUGAUGAAGUUGUUGCCAAAUUAGGAGAAGAUGUGAAAAAGUUGGAUGAUGAUACCAAGUUGCUGCAGGUGUCACAUAUGCUUUUUCAGUGCUUCAAGAGACUAAUUGUUGGGUUUUUUGUGAGCUACAGAGACCGCCAGAUAUGCCGAAAAAUUUUUUUGGACAUCGACCAGAAAUGCGCCUUUAAGUUGAUGGAGUUCGAGCUGAGCUUUAUGUACCAUGUUCUCCACACAAAGGCGAUAGUGGUGUGCCGCAGAGCUGGGUACAUCAUCCGCUUCCUUGGUUUCACUUUCAUACUUGUUGCCGCAUGUGUAUUCAUUGUCUUGGUAAAUGGCAAGAAAAUUGUGCUUGCUAACAAGUACAUUGAAAUAGCCCUCACUUACUCCUUACUUGUCGGAGCUAUAGUCCUUGAAUUCGUGUCCAUCAUCAAGCUCAUUUUCUCCGAUUGGACUCUCAUAUCCCCCUGGGGCGGGGACACAAGAUGGAAAAAAUUCGUCAAAGAUAUCAUUUUGAAAAGACGAAGAUGGGCUGAGUCGGUUUCUCAAUACAACAUGAUCAGCUAUUGCAUUGAUGAACAUAACAUAAGGCUAGUAUACAAGUUGUCCGGUUAUGUUAACGCCACAGCAAUUGUGGACACAUUGAAAGUCAUUUGGCAUUCAUCAUCAAAAAAUGUUCACAAAAACCUCCACAAGUUCAUUUUCAAUGAGCUGAAAGAUAAAUCUAAGGAUCACGGAGAAAAUCCAAGGGAUGCAAGAGAAGCAUGUUUGCAAAAAGGCGAGUCAGCGCUACUAAGGAGCUCUACUAGGAGCUAUAUCCAACUUAAGUGGAGCAUUGGUGAGUUUCAAUACACAGAGAGCAUUCUUCUGUGGCACUUGGCUACUGAACUUUGCUAUCAUCAAGAGAAUCAAACAUCAAAUAGUACUACUACUACCACUGACCGGCCAGUCAAUGACAACGAAGAAAUUUGCAAGCUUGUUUCGGAUUAUAUGUUCUAUCUACUAGUGAUGCAGACCACAAUGAUGUCCCCGGUUUUGGGAAAUUGGUACAAGGUAUUCCAGGACACAUGUGCAGAGGCCAAGAGAUUUUUCGACAAACACAAGAUACCAAAUCAUUCAAAAGCUUGCGAGAAGAUGAUUUCGAUUAAGGCCAAGUUCAGGCCGGCUGCCGUGAAGGGAAUCAAAAGCAAAUCCGUGUUCUUCGAUGCGUGUAUCCUAGCGCAACAGCUUAGGAGAUUGGAGGAUCGAUGGGAUGUGAUGGCCAAAUUGUGGGUGGAAUUCAUGUGCUAUGCAGCCAUUAACUGUAGGGCCAACAUACAUGCUCAGCAAACAAGUAGGGGUGGAGAGCUUUUGACAAUCACUUGGUUGUUGAUGUAUCAUUUUGGCUUGGGAACACAGUUUUCCGAGCAAGAAGAACAAGCUGGCACAAAGAUGGUUUCUGUAAAGUAGUAGUACACAAGCCACAAGACCCAAUAAUUAUAAGCACACCAUGUUGCUUAGAUAGUUACAAAAAUAAAUACCAGAAAAAGAGGAAAACAGUAAAUGUGGAUGCUUGUUAUAAGAUGAAAUAAAUCAUGA